AUGCGUUUUGGUGGAUUCUGCAUAUUGAGUCUAGCGCUCGUUUGCAAGAAGGACGCAAUAGAUGGCGAAAAACGUUAUGACGGUUUUCGGUUUCGUCGACGAAAUGGAAUUUUAAGUUCAAGUUUCAAUUCAUCUCUCGUUACUCGCGCAGGUCUUGAUUCAGAACAGUCAAGUAUUAGUUUAUCUGAAUGUGGUUUAAUAAUGAGUGAUGAACUCGAACCACCACUAUUAAUUGAAGAAUAUCAUCAGUUAUGUUGUUUUGUUUUUCAACAUGAAUUGGACGAUUGUAUUAAGAACCCAGGAAAACAAGCUCAAUGGAACGGUGAAUUAGACGAGUUAUCGAAUGGUGUAUUAACGCAAGUUCGAGUUUUAUACAAUAUUCCCUCUUUAUCAGAGAGUCUAAUUAAAUUACUUGUCAUUAUGGAACUUCGACCUGGCGGUAAAUAUUCAACAUUGAUUAGUCAAAAAAUAAUUCAUACAUAUACAAAAAUAUUUGCUGAUCUUAUUCAUCAACGAUCUGAUGUUCAAGAAAUAAAUAUUUCAAAAACGCCUGAUUUAGAUUUUACAGAUUAUGAGAAAACAGCGUUUGAUAAAAUAUUUCAAGAAUUUAUUCGUCAUUACGAAAAACGUGUCGUUAUUGAUGCGCCAUGGUUUUUACCAUCAGAUGAACGUAUUGAAGAGAUUGAAACACUUGUGGAAACUAUUGCCAUUAUUUUUGAUUUAAAUAUUUGUUCAACUGAAACAAAUAUGAAACAAUGUUUAAAUAAAACAAUGAAAAAGCGUCUUCAGGCAUAG